GUUGUUGUUGUUGUUAUUGGUUUCAUGAAUACCGUCCUCUGUUUUUUCACCUAACACGGCAAAAAUCCCAAUUUUCUUUAAAACAAAAGACACGCUCGUUCUUUCUUUAACUCUACUUAACCAGUUUUUCUCCUUACGAAAUCCUAAACAGAGCUGUUUUCUAGUCCCAUGGUAAGAUGCCCGACCUUUGCUCAGCUCUCCGAUAUCGCCCGGGAUAUGGGUCUACACAUGGAAGAUGAUGAACUCAAGGGUUUUCACGGAGCGAUUAAAGGAAACAUCGAAGGAAUCAACAGCACGGAAGAUAUCGUGGAGCCGAAGUUGCCAACAAAGUAUCCCAGACUUCCAGGGUACAGGCCAGAACAAGUGGACAACCCCUACAAUGCAUGGUACUGGAGAUGCGAGAUCAAGGGAGCCAGUGGUGGUAAAUUGGCGGGAAAACGAGUCGCUAUCAAGGAUAACGUAGCGUUGGCAGGGAUUCCGAUGAUGAAUGGAUGCCACGCCCUGGAAGGAUUCACACCCAGCUUUGAUGCAACGGUCGUUACCAGAAUACUUGAUGCAGGAGCCACAAUCGUGGGUAAAUCGGUAUGUGAGAAUCUCUGUUUCUCGGGAGGUAGCAGCACGGCUGCCAAAGGACCAGUCAAGAACCCACAUGACCCUACGCGUGCUACUGCAGGAUCAAGUUCAGGAAGCGCUGUAGUGGUUCAAACUGGUGAGGUGGACAUGGCUAUUGGUGGUGACCAGGGAGGAUCCAUCCGUCUUCCUGCAGCCUGGACCGGUGUUGUAGGACUCAAGCCCACCUAUGGUCUGGUCCCUUACACAGGAGCCAUGGGCAUUGAGAUGUCCCUCGACCAUCUUGGGCCUAUGACUAGGACCGUCCACGAUUGUGCGCUGUUCCUUGAAGUGAUUGCAGGUUAUGAUGGCGGCAUGGAUGCAAGACAACAUCCUCAUAUGACUGUGCCGCAAUACACCAAGGAGUUGGAGAACUUAAACAUCAACGGACUGAAAGUAGGAAUCUUAGGAGAAGGUUUCUCUAUGGAAGGUGCUGAUGCAGCCGUUACUAAGCUAUUGAAGGAUACACUCAGCAAACUGGAAUUAUAUGGCGCUGUUCUGAAGGAUGUCUCCGUGCCUCUACAUACUAUAUCGUCUUCUAUUUGGGGAGCAAGUGCAGAGGGUGCAUAUGAGAAUAUGUGCCGUCUGGGAGGUUGCGGCACCGGUCAUGUAGGCUAUUAUCCGACCGACUUCGCAAUAGCUUCCGGGAAAAUGUUUUCCUCCAGGAUUGAUGACCUUUCAGACACAAUGAAGCUGUUCAUACUUCAAGGGGAAUACCUGCAGAAGAAUUACAAAAGUCAGGUGUAUUGCCGAGCACGGAACUUGGUUUUCCCUCUUCGCAAGGCGUACGACCAGGCCUUGGAAUCGGUAGACGUGAUCGCCAUGCCAACUAUACCAUUCACAGCUUCAAAGCUCAUCUUUAAAGAUGACCCGGCACCCGAAUACUUUAAGAAGUGUUUUGAGAAUACGGGCAACACGAUGGCUUUUAACUUGACCGGUCAUCCCGCACUCAGCAUCAACGCAGGCUUCGUAGAAGGUUUACCCGUCGGUCUUAUGUUGGUGGGGAAACACUACGAUGAACUCACCAUCUUCAAAGUCGCUCAGGCUGUCGAGAAAAUCAGGGAGGGUUUGAAAUGAAUGACAGUCAAAAACCAAAAAAAGAUUACAUGUGGUUGGUUUUCGACAAUUUAUCAAGACCCCAAAAGAUUCGGAAGAUUACAUUGCCCAAAAAAGAGUAAAUUGCCAUUUCAUUUAAAAAAACGGAAGUUGGUAUUAUUAAAGGAUUUAUUUCAAUAGAUUUACAUGCUUUUUUCUUUUUGUAAAAGGGGUGGGGUGCCCCUUUUCUGGUUGUUUGUUUUCGUUUUUUAUGAAUCUCUUGUAUCCUUGCAUAUGAUCAUUAUAUUUCAUAAUUGUGCAUGUUAUAUCUGUUUUGUUAAAUCCUAUACUUUUGAAAAAACAAAUAUAAUUUGAAAAGAGAUCAAACGUAGGUUAGGCGUAUGACGAUGAAGUAAUAACUUCCAAUGCCACACAGGCUGUCGCGAAAAUCAGGGGUAAUUCAAAGUCAAGAGCACAAUUAAGAAAUAUCGCACAAAAAAUGCUCAUUUUGUUGGCGUCAUGCUGGUUAAAAGACACUAUACACUUUCUUCAAAUUUGCUCAGGUUGUUGUAAAAAUCAGGGAUUUUUGUAAAAAGUAAAAGAGAGGGAUGAUAUUUGAUGAAAAUGAAGAACAAAUAACGCAACGUAUUGUAUUGUGCUUUAUUAAACAUCUUUAAAAAUAAUAAUACUUUCUAUAAAAGAUAUACGGCAAACGAUAGAAUCAAUCAUAUAUGUAAGAAAACAGAUACAUAUAUAGAAGGUAAUAAAGAUUAUAAAGCUAAAGUUUGUAUACACAUAUUGUUUAGAUAUUGACUGCUCCGAAUUAAGUUUAGCAAAAUAUAUGAACUGACAAAUUUCAAUGUUUUCUCGAGAGAUGUUAUAUGCGGCCACGUGUUGAAAUAUAUUACGCAAGGGAUAUUUUGAAUUAACAGAAGAAUACAUGUUAUUCUGAUUUAUUAUUUGAUAUGUUAACUCUCAGGUAUUUGCCAUUUCAUACCUCGUUCGAUUCAAAAUCAUUCUUCCCUUUACAAUUUAUGUAUGAACUUAUUAUGUGUCAAAAUCCAAGGUGAAAUUGAAUAUUCAUGUGUUUCAAUUUGUAUGUUAACUCUCAGGUAUUUGCCAUUUCAUACCUCGUUCGAUUCAAAAUCAUUC